GACAAAAUGAAAGAAUUUCCGGUAGAGGUGGGAAAUUCAAUAUUUCGGUUUAUAAAUAUUUGCAGAACAUGAAAGAAUAGAAUCGCUUAGGUUACAAAUAUCUUGUUGAGACAGCUCAUGAAGGACCAAUGAAGACAAUGAAGGGCCAGAUGUCUUCUGUAAAGUGAUGGAUAAAGACUACACAUUACUAGGGGUGGUUCUAAAGGGAGAUAACUUGGGACAGGAUGACAGGUGCUUGGGAGCUGUUAAAGUCCCCACCUCACAGAUAGGGGAAGGAACUCUGGAUUGCCUCAGAGAUGUCAUGAGGAGACAACUUGUUUGUUUCUUUGAAAAUCUUCAAUUCUGCACAAAAGAAGGCUGGAGUAUAAAGGCUGAACUAGAGAAUAACUUGAAAAUUCAAGAUGUUUUAACAGAUCAGAGAACUAUUCUUGUCCAACGGAAUCAAAAAGAGGAUAAAAUAGCCAUUCAGAACACAGAUAGAGAGGUGCUGGGCUUUGUGUUGUGUGCAGUACAGUCCAAACUCAGUCAUCUGAGAUCCUUGAUCCAAGAUCAGAUACUUGAUGAAGGAAAUAGGUCAUUCCAGGGAUUCCAGUUCUUAGAACAACAUGGCUGGCCUGUCAGUCUCAGACAAGAAGGAAGUCUGUCUGUUCUUGAUGUGAUAAAUGAGAGGCACGUCAUGAUCAGGUUCAAGACCUCACCAACCAGAACCUCUCCUCAGUACAAGGCUUGCACAAUUAACAGGAAGCGUCACCUGUCGUUCCGGUCCAGUAAGGAUCUGGAGCGAGUGUCCCCGGCAGAUUCCAGCGUGGGGGAUAUGACGGGGUCAGUUAAACAGAUCCUCAUCAGCUACGUCAGGGCAGAGGCCGCUCAACACGCACUCAGGCUCAAACAGGAGUUAUCUCAUCUUGGAUUCACUGUGUACUUGGAUGUCCAUGAGAUUCGGUCAGGUUUAGACUGGCAAGAUUCCCUGAAUUAUGCUGUCAGUAACUGUGAAUAUUUUGUUGCUCUUGUCACACCAAAAUAUGGAGAAACUCAAUGGACAAAUAGGGAGAUAAAGCUGGCAGAUGUUCUGGGGAAGUUCAUCGUGCCUGUCAGCUUCCUGGAUUGUUGGCCACCGCAGUGCCUGGCCAUUCAGUUUGCCACUACGCAAUAUAUUGACUGGAAAACGCAGGCACAAAUCACUGCAGAAAUAUCAGAGGGCUCCAAUUCAGCCAAAGAUAUCAAAGUGUGGGAACACAGGCAUAUCCGAGAAGUGGCCAGUAAAAUAAAAGAUCACCUCAACAAAGCCAAGGAAAAGGCUAUACAGAAGAGAACUUCACUGGUUAAAAGGAGAACAGUUGUUAAAAGCUGUACAUUGAUUGAGGAGAAUAAUGAGCAAGCCUCGAUGUGUAACAGAGAUGGUUGUCCUCUGGUUGUGGUGUGUGUUCAUGUCAACCAACAACAGCUGAGUAUAGAACUGGCUGAUUUCAUCAGGAGUUUGGGUUUUGAAGUAUGGUGCACAGUCACUGAUAAAGUAGGAGGUAAAAAUGAAUACAGUGAUAUAGGUGAUGGGGUCAGAGAGAGUUUCCAGGAGAAAGCCGAUGAUGCUGGAGUUGUUAUUGUUGUGUUGUCAUCUGACUUCAUCCACUCCAAGACUUGUCAGCAACAGCUGUACUACUGUGAGCAGAGGAAGAAGGUGGUGCCCUUUCUGACUGAGGAUACACAGAUCCCCAGCUGGCUAGAGAUGAUGCUCCAGUCUAACACUUAUAAUUGUGUUGAAAAAAGGAAUUAUAAGGAGCACCUGCCCAAAAUACUAACGAAACUACUAGACCCAAAAGCAAGGCAGAGCAGUAAUGCAGAACUUGAAGAAGCCAGGGUAUCAUAUGCUGUUAAGCAGUUACAGAAACUCCUCAAGAACAGUCUCUGCAUCUACAUAUGUGGUCCUUCAGUUUGUGAAAAUGUUAAAAGUGAUCUAAUUAGACUGCUUGGUAAGGUAUUAAGUGAAUUUGAGGACAUCACCGUGGUAACAGGAGGGGGAUACAAUGUGGAAUACUUGGUCAGUCAUGCAUUUCAGGAAGAAACUCAACAAAAACUGAGACCUCACCAAGUCUGGCAUGUCCUCCCCGAGCAAGAAAAAGAGGAUGUGAGUAAGGAUUACCCCCAAAACAGCGAUGGAACAUUCCAGGUGAUCUCGUUUGGUCAGACUUACUUCUGUGGGAAUAGUCUACAGGAGAGAGAUCUCAUUGUCUCUAAAGCUGUCCAAGUUUGCCUGAUUCUGAUUGGUGAUUCAGAUGUAAAAUAUUUAAGACUGGCUAAGAAGUUUGCUUGGAAUGAUCACCAUGUUAUACCAUUUGUAAUGAAUAUGGAGGUGGAUUCAACAUUCACUGAACAGCUUUCUCAUGGGAUUUCUCUGGAGGACUUCAGGGGCCUUAAUGACCCAAUAGGGACACCUGAACUGAGGGCAUGUGUACUCCGUGAUAUCUUGACAAGAAUUCAGGGGAACCUGGAAAUGGAACAAAAGGAGGAAGAAAGUCAAGAGAUAGAAAUGUCACCCCCCAAAAAAAUGCAGAGGAAAUCACCGUCAAAAGGCAGCAACCCAAGCCAUAAAAAAGUAUCACUAAAGAGUCUAAAUACAAUUAUCUUGUAAUAUGCACAUAUACCCACCUUCCCCC